AUGGAACAACAUGAGCAGAUCAAUGUGGCAUUAGGAGAGGAUGUUGACUCUAUGAAAGCAACGAUUGAUAAGCUCCUCGAACUUGUCCAGAAUUUAGCCACCAAGGAAAGUACCCCUGCUCCGCAAUGGAGUACAGAAUGGCCUGAAUUAGGCCUUCCCAAGGGCUAUACCCCUCCCGAAGAAGGUGACCCAAAUCAUACUCCUGUCAUAAUACCAGUCACAAAUGGGGACUGUCCUCCUCGAGGGGUUUCAACGGUCAAAGAGGCUAGUAGCCAGCCACAUCACGCGACCAAAGGUAUGGAAGGUUCUGCGGGAAUCCAAUCAACGACUGUCAAUGUUCACCCAGAUGUUGAACCUGCUCAAAUGUAUCAGGCUUUUGAGGAAAGACUAAAGGCAGUGGAAGGUUUCAGUGCUUAUGGGGUCGAUGCUAUGGACAUGUGUUUAGUUCCCGAUGUGGUUAUCCCUCCAAAAUUCAAAGUGCCUGACUUUGAGAAGUACAAGGGUAUCCACUGCCCAAGGAAUCACUUGAAAAUGUUCUGUAGGAAGAUGGCUGCACACGCCACUGAUGAGAAGCUUAUGAUCCACGUCUUCCAAGACAGUCUAAGUGGGGCAUCAUUAGAUUGGUAUAUGCAGCUGGAGCGAACUCAAAUACAAACAUGGAAAGAUCUUGCUGACGCUUUCUUAAAGCAAUACAAGUAUAACUUGGAUAUGGCUCCUAACCGCAUGCAACUACAAAAUCUUUCCCAAAAAAAUAGUGAGUCAUUCAAAGAGUAUGCUCAGAGGUGGAGGGAAUUGGCUGCUCGUGUGCAACCACCACUGUUGGACAAAGAAUUGGUUGACACGUUUAUGAGCACUUUGCGAGGUCCGUACUACGAGAAGAUGAUAGGGUGUGUAUCGUCCGGUUUUGCUGACAUGGUGAUAAUAGGAGAACGAGUAGAAGAGGGGUUGAAGAGCGGUAAGAUAAAAAGCGCCUUCAAUGGUCAAGAUGGGGCAAAGAGAAAGAUCGAGGGCGAAACUAGUGUCAUUUCGGUUGGGACAUCACAAGGGCCCACGACUCAACUACCGUAUUUCCAAUACCCAUAUGUGGCAGCGGUAGCCCAAGAGCAAUACCCACCACCGGUGAAUCCUAUGACUCAUGCUCAGCAAAACCAUCAGCAACAACAAAAUGGGUACCAACAAAAGAACCAACCUGGGUCUAGAAAUAAUUCUGGAAGAAAAAAUGUACACUUUGAUCCCGUACCCAUGCCGUAUGAUCAAAUCUUGCCUUACUUGGUCCAGAAAGGAUUGGUUGAGCUAAAACCCCUCAGACCUUUGGUACCUCCAUACCCACCCUUUUUCGAUGUAAAUGCUAGUUGUGACUACCACGCUGGGUCACCCGGGCAUAAUAUUGAGAACUGCAGGGCCUUCAAGUACAAGGUGCAAGAACUCAUCGACCGCAAGUUGUUGUCUUUCAAGGAAGAACCUCAUUCGUAG